AGCAAGAUCAGACAUUGAAAUAAUUGGUCAGCACGAUGAAAGAACAAAUAUACUACGUCCCAAAAAACUAAUUCCAAGGGGCAUAUUGCUGCCUACACCCAUGUUCGAAUACUGACGGAUGGCGGCGAUAGCGGCGAUGCUAUCGCUGAAGGGCCUGCCCAGCGCCAAAGGAACCGAUGUCGGGAGUAUACACCCCACUGGGAAGUAAAAAAAAACAAAGUGAUAUUCAGGGUAAUAUGAAUCUGGCUAUGACAGAAACGAGGGUGGGAAUGGACGCUGGGUAUAAGAGCUCCUGCUCGGUCUACAAAUUGAGACAGCGACAACAGGGCUCCUUUCAUAACACCCUGUCUAUAAGCCGAAUUCCAACAUGGUGUGUCACUAUAAUAUUCAACAGAUCUGCUUGGCUUCGACGAUAAGUCCGGCAAAUCCGGUGCCGCCCAAAGAAUCCCGGCAAGAAAUCCAGUGCCAGCAGAAGGAGACAUUCAGCUCGAGGUUCAAAUACCUCACGAGUGGAUGCCCAGGGAACAUCAAGAAUAGCUCUCCGAAUCCACUACUAAUCCCUGCGAAGCUUGACAGAAGCGUUGCUAAGCUACAUGAAGCGCUUGUCGCUGGACUCAACAACAUUGUCGAGAGAUGGUGUGCAGAUGAACAGGCAGCAUUCCCGCGCCGUAUGCCGCUGGAACCGCAUGAGGAGGAUCUUUUGCAUUGGCUACAUGGGCGAACCUGUGAGAAGAACUUGCGACCCUUCCGGGAGUGUCAGGGACAUUGGCGGACCGAUCUUCUACUGUCCGCCCAAUGGCCUCGAACUGUCCGGAUUUGCGAGAUCAACGCACGAUUCGCGAUCAAUACCCAGCUUCUAGCCGCGUAUGGCUACGAGAUAUAUGGGGAGAUGGCAUCGGAUCGAGGUUGUGUAUUUGCAGGGGCAGAUGCUCGGAAGUUUGUCCAAAGCCAGCUCGACCUGUUUGAUCCCCGGCACCCGGUGCACAUUAUUAAAGGUGAACAUGUCAGUCUGUACGUUGAGGUGUUCCUUUCCUACGCCGAGCAGAACACGGGGUUGCAGCCCACCAUAGUCAAGCCGUGCGACCUCCGACUGGUGCAGGAUCAUGCGUCAGCAACGGGCUACUCCCUUUACUGCAGGUCAGUUCGCGAAUGCCCUGAUCUUAUUGAAGAUGGCGAACCUCUGGAUCGGAUCUAUCAGACUUGUGUUCACCUGCUUCCGCAUGAGUUCCGCUCCAUGCCAGUGGGGAUACUACGCCAGUUGUCCUUGUGUUGUGUCAACGACAUGCGAAGCGUACUUUUAGUUCACGACAAGAGGAUCCUGGGCGUACUUCUUGAGGAGCUCGACAGCCUUGUCGAUAAACAUCGGGUCCUCACCGUGGAGCAGGCCGAACUACUUCGGCAAGGAAUUGUGCCGACCAUCAAUCCGGGGUCGACAGAGCUGGAGCAAUUGAUUGACAAGAGCACGGAGUCAAGUAUGGCCAAGGAUUCCUACAUCAUCAAACCGGUGCGAAGCGCUCGAGGCGACGGGAUUCUGCUUGGGAGAGACUUAUCUCCAACCCAGUGGGAGGAUCUUUUGAUAGACCUGCGCGACCCUAAGCUAACCCCUGACCGAACGGUAUAUAUCAUCCAGCCGUUGAUCCAACAGCCAGUAUUUGAGCUACUGGACCAUCGUGGCGAGUCUCAAGUCAGCCCCAUUGUCGGUGCUUCUCACCUGGCAAACGGAAAGUUUACUGGUCUCGGAUUUUGGCGGGCUGGGGGGGCAGAGGUGUGCAAUCUGAGCAGCGGAGGAUUUUGGAUGAUGGGGGUUGUUGCACGUCCUAAUUAGAUACUGUCAAUGCCAGUUACUGGGUGAGCACACACUGGAGUGAGGGAUAUUGAAUUACAUUUACUAUAUGCUGUCACCCCUGCGCAGUAUUUACACCUGCUUUCCUUCACCUUGAGGUCAACUUGGAUGCCAUUGGAUGCUAUCGCCG